CGCGUCGCGACGCGUCACGGCGACUAAAUCAAAAGAGGAAGGGUGCCCGGUCCACAGCCGCCACUCAGCACUGCAAGCAGCACUCGCCUGUCUUUGCUUCCACCCCAUCACCUGGUCUUGUGCUCGAUCCCUUCAGCCCGCGCGGCUGGCACGCCUCAUCUCACAUUUCAAUCGCCAGCUCGUGCGUACACCAUGAGGCUCAUGGAUGAGAACGACGACAAGGUCGAGGAGUCGCAGACGCGGCCGACGCCGCUGCUUAACGUGCGGAGGUUCAAGGAUCCCAUUCACGACUUCAUCCCUUUCAGCUAUGAAGUCUGUGCAAUCAUCGACACGCCCCAGUUUCAACGCCUGCGUAACAUCAAGCAGCUCGGCACGUCGUAUUACGUAUGGCCGGGAGCAUCGCACAAUAGAUUUGAGCAUAGUCUCGGUGUGGCACAUUUGGCAGAGCUCAUGGCAGAGCACCUGCAAAGCUAUCAGCCGGGACUCAAUAUCACUCGGCGCGACGUCAAAUGUGUGACCAUUGCUGGACUGUGCCACGACCUGGGCCAUGGCCCCUGGAGUCACGUCUGGGACGGGAUGUUCAUACCUCGCGCAUUGCCCGGAAUAGAGUGGAGUCACGAAGACUCGUCGGACAUGAUGUUCGACGCGCUCAUCAGAGAGAAUGACCUUGACAUAUCCGAGGAAGAUGCAUCAUUCAUCAAAGCGAUGAUAGCUGGUGAUCCUGGUCGCUGCAGUCGCAAAGAGAAGCCCUUCUUGUUCGAGAUCGUGGCAAACAAGAGGAAUGGAUUGGACGUCGACAAGUUCGACUACAUCGCGCGAGAUACGCAUGCCAUCGACAUGAAGGUCAACCUCUCGCUCACGCGGCUUAUCCACUCUGCUCGGGUCAUCAAGGACGAGAUUUGCUAUCACAUCAAGGACGCGAACCAGAUCUACGAGCUCUGUCAUACGCGGUUUAGUUUGCACAAGCGAGUAUACAGCCAUAAGACAGCGAAGGCUAUAGAAUAUAUGCUCAUCGACGCUCUGCUCGCGGCGGAGCCGCACAUGAAGUUCGCCCGUGAUAUCUUCGACCCCAAACGGUAUCUCCACCUAACGGACGACAUUCGCAUACGAAUCGAGGCCUCUGAGAGCCCGGAACUGCAAUCCGCACGGGACAUCCUGAACCGUAUUCACAGACGAGACCUCUACCGCAUGGUCGACUGGAAAGUGUUCCCGUGGGCAUUCCAGCACGACUGCAGGGAGAUCUUCACGCCCGAGAAGAUCGUGCGCGCCGCACAGGCGGAGGAGCGCAUGCCGCAGGUCAAGGACGAAGCGCAGUACCGCGCGCUGAUCGAGGAGCUCAACCCUGAGCACGUCAUCGUCGACAUCUCGAUGAUGCACUACGGGAUGAAGGACAAGAACCCCUUGGACACGGUGAGCUUCUACUCGAAGCACAAGCCGGAUAAUUCGGGGAAGGCACACCCACAUGAUGUCUCGUUGCUCAUGCCGGCGGAGUUCGGAGAACUCCUGCUACGUAUCUACACCAAGGAAAAGCGCUUCGCCCGCAUCGUACGGGACGCGUACAACAUGAUACUCCAUGAUGUCUUGACAGAGCAGGGCAAGAACGACGACCCGCUCGCGGACGACGACGUGCUCACGCCGCCGCACGAGGAGGAGCGGCCUUCGACGCCGCCGCGCAAGAAGGGCCCGAUGGCGCGGGUGCAGAGCGCGAGCGGCUGCUUGAUCAGCGACCGGACGCCGCUGUCGCAGAACAACUUCACCGAGGUGCCGCAGUACCAUGGAGCGCAGAACACGUCGCCGUCCUCGCGAACCAAGUACAAGGGCUCCGGCCUGAAGAGGGAGCGCGAGGACGGAUCGCGCUCGCCGCCGACGAAGAAGAAAGCGCGACCGUGAGCUGGAGUCGGCGCGUCGAAGAGGUUUGCCUCGAAUUGCAAGUUGCUUCCGUGUUCAUGGGCAUUGCUGCUCCUGUACACGUUCAACGUUCAACCCCUAAUCGUCUAUGUUGUCCUCA